UUUCUACUUUAUCUAGCCUUUGCGCACCGGCUUCUCUGCCUUCAUCGGUACUAUCCUGAAUCCCAGAAGCUGCUCCCUUUUUCAUCUACAGGCGAAGGCGCAUAUAUAUACAAUUCUGACACCAAGGACCAGACAGCAGUGCCAUAAGGGGCAGCCCUGCGCAUCCGGACACCACCAUGUCGUCCAAUUUAUCAACGGACGCUUUUGCAAAGUUCUCGCCAACUUCAGCUCAACACUUUUCAAACUUCUCAUGGCUAUGGUCGCGAUAUCUUCUUCCUGCCAUCAUUGCAUACCCUUUUCUAUGCUCUUUUCUCCGCUUUCGCCGUAUCAAAUCCCUACAAGCAAGAUUCAAAUAUGGCACACCUGAACGGCCGUCAUUUGAAGGCAUGACCGUUCAGGAGGCGCACGACAUUACCAAGCCCAUCAGCGACCUCGAAUUCCCCGCGCUCUUCGAGAAGGGACUGCAAUUUGCUCUCUUUCGGACGUACGGUAUCCCAACUAUCAGCGAAUUGCUCGUCAAGACCACCCAAUUGGCGGCAACCAAAAAUGUGCCCAAACGCUAUGCAGACACAGGCGUGCUUCUGGCCGACAUGUACUCGGCCGAGCCCGACAGUGACAGAUGCCGUGCAGCAUAUGCCCGCUUGAACUACCUACACGGCCACUACAUUAAGCAGGGCAAAAUCAGCAACGAUGACAUGUUGUAUACGCUGUCACUGUUCAUGAACCAGCCGGUCGAGUGGAUCAACCGAUAUGAAUGGAGACAGGUGACAGAACUCGAGAUGUGCGCAAUGGGUGUCGUCCACAAGGCUAUGGGAAAUGGCAUGCAGAUCUCCUUUGAGGUUCUGCCGUCGUGUUCUACAGGUUGGAAAGACGGCUUGCAAUUCUACCAUGAGCUGGACGCUUGGGCUAAGGAGUACGAAAGAAAAUAUAUGGUUCCUGACAGGAAGAAUUUCGAUACUGCGGUUGAGACGCGCAAGCUUCUUCUGGCUGGAUAUCCAGACUUCAUGAAGGGUGUCCUCACGAAGGUCAUGAGUGCGCCUCUGGAUGACAGAUUGAGAGAGGCAAUCAUGUUUGACCGUGCGCCAGCUUCGUACUCAGCCUUUUUCGACGGGUUCAUGGAGGUGAGGAGAUUUUACUUGCGUUACUUGGCUCUUCCUAGGCUCUGGUUCCAGACGAACCCUUACCAGACCAAAGAGCCGGACAAGAAUGGGAGACGAUACAUUCUCAAGUGGGAUACCGCGCCGGUGUAUGUGAAACCAACGCUGUGGAACAGAUAUGGUCCUGGAGCCGCGAUUGGGGCCCUGCUGGGGAUUCCUCGACCUGGUGAUGAGGACACGUAUCCUGAGGGGUUUGAGAUUGAAAACGUUGGACCAUCUGUAUUUUCUGGUAAGGGUGCGAAGGAGAUGGAGAUCACGAAGGAGAAACUGAAGAAGGAAAGGACAGGUGGAUGUCCAUUUGCCGUGCGAUAAUGGGCGCUUGGGAAAGGUUGUAAGCAGGGAUUGCUGGGGGGAGUUUCUCGAGUCACCUCUCAUUGACCCCUAACUGGGUUUCCUCUGCAGUCCAGCUCAUGAAAGUUUAUGAAAUUUUGAUCUUCGACAAGGCUGGCGUCGCUCCUUUGUUUGAUGGAUAAUGGACCCAUUGCUGCCGUCCAUAUCCGAGUACAAGCUCAGGGCGCCCAUCCACGACGCCCACUGACAAGCGCUAAGCGACGCCUAUCAAAAGCUCGAGCGUGCUGAGCGGGCUUCUCCAUACAAACAGACUUUAGGUAAGGGUCCGCCAUAAACCGACAAUACCCGGGCUUGCGCGUGCUCGCUUUUAAAGAGAU